GAUGGUUGGGAAAUAGAUUAAGGGGUAUAGAGAUUAGUGUUUAUGGGUAUAAGUUUAUGGAAAUAGAUGUAGGGUUUAGGAGAAUAAGAUUUAGGAGAGUAAGCUUUAGGAGAUUAAGGUUUAGGAGAGUAAGGUUCAGGAGAGUAAGGUUUAGGAGAGUAAGGUUUAGGAGAUUAAGGUUUAGGAGAGUAAGGUUCAGCAGAGUAAGGUUUAGGAGAUUAAGGUUUAGGAGAGUAAGGUUUAGGAGAUUAAGGUUUAGGAGAGUAAGGUUCAGCAGAGUAAGGUUUAGGAGAUUAAGGUUUAGGAGAGUAAGGUUUAGGAGAGUAAGGUUUAGGAGAUUAAGGUUUAGGAGAGUAAGGUUUAGGAGAGUAAGGUUCAGCAGAGUAAAGUUUAGGAGAUUAAGGUUUAGGAGUAGAAGGAUUAGGAGAUUAAGGUUUAGGAGAGUAAGGUUUAGGAGAGUAAGGUUUAGGAGUAGAAGGAUUAGGAGAGUAAGGUUUAGGAGAGUAAGGUUUAGGAGAUUAAGGUUUAGGAGAGUAAGGUUCAGCAGAGUAAGGUUUAGGAGAUUAAGGUUUAGGAGAGUAAGGUUUAGGAGAUUAAGGUUUAGGAGAGUAAGGUUUAGGAGAGUAAGGUUCAGCAGAGUAAAGUUUAGGAGAUUAAGGUUUAGGAGUAGAAGGAUUAGGAGAUUAAGGUUUAGGAGAGUAAGGUUUAGGAGAUUAAGGUUUAGGAGAGUAAGGUUCAGCAGAGUAAGGUUUAGGAGAGUAAGGUUUAGGAGUAGAAGGAUUAGGAGAGUAAGGUUCAGGAGAGUAAGGUUUAGGAGUAGAAGGAUUAGGAGAGUAAGGUUUAGGAGAGUAAGGUUUAGGAGAUUAAGGUUUAGGAGAGUAAGGUUCAGCAGAGUAAGGUUUAGGAGAUUAAGGUUUAGGAGAGUAAGGUUCAGCAGAGUAAGGUUUAGGAGAUUAAGGUUUAGGAGUAGAAAGAUUAGGAGAGUAAGGUUUAGGAGAGAAAGGUUUAAGAGAUUAAGGUUUAGGGGAGUAAGGUUCAGGAGAGUAAGGUUUAGGAGAUUAAGGUUUAGGAGAGUAAGGUUUAGGCAAUUGAGGUUUAGGAGAUUGAGGUUUAGGAGAUUAAGGUUUAGGAUAAUAAGGUUUAGGAGUGUAAGGUUUAGGAGAGUAAGGUUUAAGAGGUUAAGGUUUAGCAGAAAAGGUUUAGGAGAGUAAGAUUUAGGAGUGCAAGGUUUAGGAGAGUAAGGUUUAGGAGUGCAAGGUUUAGGAGAGUAAGGUUUAGGAGAGUAAAGUUUAGGAGAGUAAGGUUUAGGAGAGUAAGAUUUAGGAGUGCAAGGUUUAGGAGAGUAAGGUUUAGGAGAGUAAGGUUUAGGAGAGUAAAGUUUAGGAGAGUAAGGUUUUGGAGUGUAAGAUUUAGGAGAGUAAGGUUUAAGAGAUUAAGGUUUAGCAGAAAAGGUUUAGGAGAGUAAGGUUUAGGAGAGUAAGAUUUAGGAGAGUAAGGUUUAGGAGAGUAAGGUUUAGGAGAGUAAAGUUAAGGAGUGUAAGGUUUAGGAGAGUAAGGUUUAGGAGUGUAAGAUUUAGGAGAGUAAGGUUUAAGAGAUUAAGGUUUAGGAGUGUAAAGUUUAGGAGAGUAAGAUUUAGGAGAGUAAGGUUUAGGAGUGUAGCGUUUAGGAGAGUAAAGUUAAGGAGUGUAAGGUUUAGGAGGGUAAGGUUUAGGAGUGUAAGGUUUAGGAGAGUAAAGUUAAGGAGUGUAAGGUUUAGGAGGGUAAGGUUUAGGAGUGUAAGGUUUAGGAGUGUAGCAGUUAGGAGAGUAAGGUUUAGCAGUGUAGCGUUUAGGAGAGUAAGGUUUAGGAGUGUAGCGUUUAGGAGAGUAAGGUUUAGGAGAGUAAGGUUUAGGAGUGUAGCGUUUAGGAGAGUAAGGUUUAGGAGAGUAAGGUUUAGGAGUGUAGCGUUUAGGAGUGUAAGGUUUGGGAGAGUAAAGUUAAGGAGAGUAAGGUUUAGGAGAGUAAGGUUUAAGAGAUUAAGGUUUAGGAGAUUAAGGUUUAGGAGAGUAAAGUUAAGGAGUGUAAGGUUUAGGAGAGUAAGGUUUAGGAGAGUAAGGUUUAAGAGAUUAAGGUUUAGGAGAUUAAGGUUUAGGAGUGUAGCGUUUAGGAGUGUAAGGUUUGGGAGAGUAAAGUUAAGGAGAGUAAGGUUUAGGAGAGUAAGGUUUAAGAGAUUAAGGUUUAGGAGAUUAAGGUUUAGGAGAGUAAGGUUUAGGAGAGUAAGGUUUAGGAGAGUAAGGUUUAAGAGAUUAAGGUUUAGGAGAUUAAGGUUUAGGAGUGUAGCGUUUAGGAGAGUAAGGUUUAGGAGUGUAAAGUUUAGGUGAGUAAGGUUUAGGAGAUUAAGGUUUAGCAGAGUAAAGUUAAGGAGUGUAAGGUUUAGGAGAGUAAGAUUUAGGAGAGUAAGGUUUAAGAGAUUAAGGUUUAGGAGAUUAAGGUUUAGGAGUGUAGCGUUUAGGAGAGUAAGGUUUAAGAGUGUAAAGUUUAGGUGAGUAAGGUUUAGGAGAGUAAGGUACACUAUUGCCAAAGCAGUGAAUCAGAAACACAUAAACCUGAAUAAGAAGAUAAUAUUAUAGAUUAUAAUAGAACACUUGAAAUUACGUUAUUUACAGGGUUAUUCGUAAUCGAAGAAAAAGACAAGGAAUAUAAAAGAGUAGAA